AUGAAAUUCAAUGACGGUCAAGUAGACAUGUGGUCAGAUUUUUACCAACAAGAUAUCUACAGCAUGUUAACAGAUAUUAAUAAUAAAAGUAUCGAUUUUUGGAGUGAAAGAAUAUUUCACCAAAUAACACAUCGCAUAUAUCAAGAAAUAAUCAUUAUAAAUAAUCAAUAUACUACAUACGAAUUAAAACAAAAAGACGUACUCAUUGAAAAAUUAAAUAAUGAUUUAUUAAAUAACAAACAAAUUUUGAAAAUAAAGAAAAUAAUGAUAAAUUUAAAUAUAAAAUAUUCAGAUAAUGAUUCUUUAGAUAAAAAAUUGGAUAAAAUUAUUAAAUAUA